AUGAAUUUGAUAAAUAUGGACGCGGAGAACCGGGUGGUCCUCAACAUUGGAGGCAUCAGACACGAAACCUACAAGGCGACCCUUAAAAAAAUACCCGCUACGAGGUUGUCCAGGCUAACGGAAGCACUAGCCAAUUAUGACCCCAUUCUCAAUGAGUACUUCUUCGACCGGCAUCCAGGUGUCUUUGCCCAGGUCUUGAACUACUACCGCACUGGAAAGUUGCACUAUCCUACGGACGUGUGUGGUCCCCUGUUUGAAGAGGAGCUUGAGUUUUGGGGACUUGACUCAAAUCAAGUGGAACCCUGCUGCUGGAUGACGUACACGCAGCAUCGGGACACCCAAGAAACCUUAACGGUCCUUGACAGACUGGACCUGGAUACAGAGAAACCCAGUGAUGAAGAAUUGGCCCGUAAAUUUGGAUUCGAAGAGGCCUAUUACGAGAAUCGUCUUACGUGGUGGCAAAAGCUCAAGCCUAAAAUGUGGUCAUUAUUCGACGAACCUUAUUCCUCAAAUGCAGCCAAGAUAAUUGGCGUGAUAUCCGUCUUCUUUAUUUGCGUAUCAAUUUUAUCAUUUUGCCUAAAGACUCAUCCAGACAUGCGGGUUCCCGUGAUAACGAACAACGUCGUAAGAAAAGGAAACCGUACGACGAUACACAUCGACAAGGAGCACACAAAUGCCCACGUUGCAUUUUUCUACGUAGAAGCACUUUGCAACGGAUGGUUCACUAUCGAAUUCCUGACCCGGAUAACAGCGAGCCCGAAUCGUUGCGAGUUCAUCAAGUCGUCAGUGAACCUGAUAGACAUGAUAGCCACACUGAGUUUUUAUAUUGACUUGGCGCUGCAGAAGUUCGCGUCGCAUCUAGAGAACGCAGAUAUCCUGGAGUUCUUCAGCAUAAUUCGUAUAAUGAGACUGUUUAAGUUAACGCGGCAUUCGUCGGGACUUAAGAUACUGAUACAGACGUUCAGAGCGUCUGCUAAAGAGCUGACCCUGUUGGUAUUCUUCCUAGUCCUCGGCAUCGUCAUCUUCGCCAGCUUGGUCUAUUACGCCGAGAGGAUACAAACAAAUCCACACAAUGACUUCAAGAGCAUACCUUUGGGUCUCUGGUGGGCCCUAGUCACUAUGACCACUGUAGGUUAUGGUGAUAUGGUACCCAAAACAUAUGUGGGAAUGUUUGUUGGUGCACUGUGUGCACUGGCUGGUGUCCUAACCAUCGCCCUGCCGGUGCCCGUGAUCGUUAGCAAUUUUGCUAUGUAUUACAGUCACACGCAGGCGCGAGCCAAGCUGCCCAAGAAGAGGCGUCGAGUAUUUCCGGUGGAACAACCUAGGGUGCGUCCUGGAGUUCCGGGGGCUGCAGGGCAGGCUACUGGUCAUGGUGGUGCUGCCUGUACUCCACAGACUGCCCUACUGCCUCCGGGAAGCGGGGGGCUCGGGAGUGGGGGCGGAAGUGGAACCAUUAUUACUCCCCAGAACAGGAGGAUGAAUGCCAUCAAGACGAAUCAUCCGAAGGAUCCAUUUGCUAUCAAAGACGACGACAGAAGAAACUCAAAUUUACGAACUAACGGGACCAAAUCGUCAAGUGGCCUGGGCUAG